CGCCACCCUCUUAGCUUUCUUCUCUUGUUACCGAAAACCCUAGCCAAUCUCUGCGCAGCUCGCUAAUGGGGGCUUACAAGUACGUUUCGGAGCUAUGGAGGAAGAAGCAGUCGGAUGUAAUGAGGUUCUUACAGAGGGUGAGGUGCUGGGAAUACCGUCAACAUCCAGCAAUCGUUAGGGUCAACCACCCUACACGUCCUGACAAGGCCCGAUGCUUGGGUUACAAGGCCAAGCAGGGCUAUGUGGUUUAUCGUGUUCGUGUUAGAAGGGGUGGUCGAAAGAGGCCUGUUCCAAAGGGUAUUGUCUAUGGUAAGCCCACAAAUCAGGGUGUUACCCAAUUGAAGUUCCAGCGCAGCAAGCGCUCUGUUGCAGAGGAGCGUGCUGGUCGAAAGUUGGGAGGUCUCAGAGUUGUAAACUCGUACUGGAUCAAUGAGGAUUCUACUUACAAGUACUUUGAGGUUAUCCUGGUUGAUGUUGCACACAAUGCGAUCCGCAAUGACCCAAGGAUUAACUGGAUCUGCAACCCUGUUCAUAAGCACAGGGAGCUUCGAGGACUCACAUCUGCCGGAAAGAAAAACAGGGGUCUGCAUGGAAAGGGUCACUUGCACCACAAGAAUCGACCUUCUCGAAGGGCAACCUGGAAGAGAAACAACACCCUCUCCCUUCGCCGCUACCGCUGAGUUUGUCUGUUGCUUUUAGGCAUAUUAAUUGCUUUAUCUUGUUGGAUUUUAGACUUCAUCUUCUUGAGUUUGAAAGUUCUGCAUGUUUAUUUCCAUUUGAGAUAAAUUUCAUUUGGAUGAA